UCCUGGUGGGAGGGGCUCCAGGAGCGAUUCAUUUUGGCGGUUCAAUUUCAACAUGGCUGAGGUGAGCCAUGGUAAUGAGGCCGCGGAAAAGGGGCCUGAGGGCUCAUCUCCGGAAUCUGUGCCGGUUGAUACGACCAUCUCCAGGGUGAAACUCCUCGACACCAUAGUGGACACUUUUCUCCAGAAACUAGUCGCCGCCAGGAGCUACGAGAGAUUCACCAACUGUUACAGACACUUCCACCGGUUGGAUCCUGAGGUGACGAAGUGGGUCUAUGACAAGUUUGUGGCUCAGUUACAGACAUCCAUCCGGGAGGAAAUCUCAGAAAUAAAAGAGGAAGGGAACCUAGAAGCUGUCCUGAACUCCCUGGAUAAGAUUGUAGAAGAAGGCAAAGCCCGUGGAGAACCGGCCUGGCGACCCAGUGGAAUCCCAGAGAAAGACCUGUGCAGUGUCAUGGCACCCUACUUCCUGCAGCAACGGGACACCCUGUGUCGCCGAGUGCGGAAGCAGGAGGCCAGGAACCAGGAACUAGCUGAUGCUGUUGUGGCCGGGCGCAGGCAGGUGGAAGAAAUGCAGCAGCAGGUUCGGGCCCUCCAGCAGGCGUGGCAGGCUCUUCACAGAGAGCAGAGGGAGCUGCUUUCAGUGCUGAGGGCACCUGAGUGAGGAGCCACUAGGCCCAGAGCAGAGGGCAGUUGUGGACCUGUGGAGGGAGAGCCUGAGGAGGGCCUGUGGAGGGAGAGCCUGAGGAGGACCUGUGGAGGGAGAGCCUGAGGAGGGCCUGUGGAGCCAGGUCUCCACCCCCACUGCUUAGGUUCUGGUGGGGUCACCUACACACCACCUUCAGACUCCUGCCAUCUUCUGCCUGGAGGGCUGGCACUUCCACCCUGGGCAUCAGACACCAGGCUUUGUCUCCUGGAGCUGCAGCUGGCAUUGCCCCCACGCCCUCCUGGUUCCCCAGCCCUCCCUGGACUGGACUGGGGAUAGUGUUUUCAGUAUGCACUGAUUGCUGCCUUGCUGGCUAGCCCAAGGGCCCUUGCCAUGUUCUCCCACAUCUGUAAAUAAACUUCCUCUACCACACUGUAA